CUUUGUUCGACAGAACACGCGUGUGAAAUAAAUUCUCAACAUCAAAACACCACGAUCGAAGGACUAUUUUGAUAUUUUCAACAUACAUUUAACAUCAACUUGUGCAAUGAAAUACGUCCUGGUUCAAUGGAGUUCUGGCAACAUUAAAAGCAGCAUUUUAACAGAAAACUAUGUGCGGGAUAAAAGCAUGCUCUAUGAUUACACCAAAGAAGGCAUCAUUUCUUUUGUGACUGUUCAACGAGGAGAUGUAUCGACUGUUAAAAAUAAGGGAAAACUUGGCCGCAUCGCCUGCGUUAGUGGUUAGUGAUUUAUUCAUCUCAAUCAAAUUUAAUGUGGUAUUAAAUAUUUUUUGGUUUUUGUAGCGAGCUUUGUUGCGUGGCAUCUAUAGGUCACAUGUUAAAAAAUUCACACAUUCACAAAUGUGCAAAGGUUAGCCAGGUGUCGGAUGUGACCAGAUAUAAUAACUUAUUUUUUAGGCUCUUGAUGUAAAAUUUCCAUGUACAAAAACUCAACAUUGAGUAAAGCUAGCUAAUCCUUUAUAUUUGUAGAUGACAGAAAGCUUCUUGAGGAACAUCAAAACCUAUUGUUGGCUGAUGAAAGUGAGUUUUUAAUUGAGGAUGAUGUUGGAAGUAUGUCUCUCUCCAGGUCGAAAAGACCAAGAUUGGACAAUGGAGUCGAUGGUCAGGACGAAUCUGUUCCAGGACUAAAACGGAAAGUAUCCAAGCUUGUCGAGGAAUUGUCGGUAGAGAAAUCAAAGGGACAAGAAUUACAGAAAUUGAACCAAACGUUACAGAAAAGUGAGCAGUUUAUAUUUUUUAUAUAAAACAGGAUGUUCCUUGAAAGUACCAUAUCGCAGUCGCCCCCGAGAUUUCCGCCACUGCUCAAAUCUUUCUUAUUGAGGGGGGUUCUAAGAUGUAUAUUUGAUAAGUAGACACUUUGUGUUGCCUAGAAGUUGUAUAUUUAUUUAAUUUUCAAGGCCUUCCACAACUACUUCGAUAUGCAAUGCAGUCAAGUAAAGUUAUCACACAGUUGCGAACAUGUCCAAAUUGUAAGGAGUCUUAUGGUAACACAGAGGCUGGUACACCCACCAUAGAAUCUGAACCAACUACUCAAGAUGAACCAACUACUCAAGAUGAACCAUCCACAACAGAUACGAUGAACACCUUACCAACUAUAUCGAGCAUCACGUCAGAAGCAAUUACACAGUAUACCAGCCCCCUCAACACACCUGUGUCAAGAACCAUAUCACAUACUAGUAUGUCUAUGGUUGCUUCUCCAAGUAUAGUUAGUGUUCAUUCUAACGCUGGUAGCCCACCAUCAACACCAGAUGCCGACCUUGCAAUGACCUUACCUGCCAUGUCAACAUCCGAAGCAGACAGUAUAUUACCCAAAAUAUCUUCAGCUGAAAGUUUGAAAAUUGUCCCAUUUUGCAACAGCCCAGAAGAUAACAACAACUUGCUCUCACCAAGACCCGAGACUUCCACAUCAGUAAGCAACAGAAUUGCAAAUGUUAUUUGCUUAACCCAUUGAGCCGCAAUGCGCCCUACUUAUUUUUACGCCUAUUGGGGAAGCUCUGCAGCUUAAUGGUUGAUAAGCAAUGUUUAAUAGAUCUAGUCAUAUAUGGAGAUCAGCAAGAAUAAUACACUGUUUCCUCAAUCCAGUCAUUUUGAGAUCAGCACACUGUGUGGUAAAAAAUUAUAAUUACUGUAUGAGAAUCAACCUGUGAUUGUUUCUGUGAUUUCAGUUAACCCGCCCGAUACCAUUAGAAGUCACUUAUGCCUCAACAUACAGAAAAAUGACAUUGGCAUUGUUGUGUCAUUUAUUUGAUAAAGAAGUACUGAAAGUCUCAAGUGUUACCGGUAUGUGCAGCCCUGGAAGAGUGAAACGACAAGCCCUCGACAAAGAUAUUGUUCAGUAUAUUAUAGGUAAGCACUGCUUUGAUCUUUCACUAACUUUCUGACGAAGGGCUCGAAACAUCGACGGAAGUUCUCCUUGUAUUUUUCAGGUAGUUGUAUCUCUAUCAAUCUGUAGCUUUCUUAUUACUAGGCUUUCAAAAUAAGGCGGCGGCCGCUGGAGCUCUGGCAGGUGCUACAAGGUUUACCGCUGGUUACUUUCAUUGUUUAGCACUUGAAAUAUCAAUUCUUGAUCUGCUUCCUCCACUCUAAGCUUUCAAACAAAGUUAUUUUUCAUCAACCUCGUCUACUUUAAAUAUAGUCUGGUUAUUUUGGAAAACAACAUACUAUUUCGUAAAACUGAUUUAGUUAUUUGCCAUCUUAAAUCUUGAUGUUACCUUGUUGAAGAAUGAAAGAGUGAUACAUCUAUAAGUUGGUUACAGAGCUCAGUUGUGUUACAUAUGAUCUAAUCCAUAUACACUAGUUAAUUUGGACGACUUUAAGACUCCCUAGAUUGGCCCCUCCCAACAGCUGCCUACUUUAUCAAAACAGACACCUACUCAGAAUAAUUCUGAAAGUUCUGUAUUAUCUGCUCUACCUACACUGGAAUACACCUUUCAAGAUUAUCAGCACUGCUUUGUAUAUCCAUACAUAAUUUAUGUAAAUAGUCCUCCAGACAGAACUCAACUUUGUCUGGUCUUGGACGAAGUGAACCUAGUCUGAACAGCAUUGCUUAAUUGCAGAUUAUGUCUGUCACUGAUUUCCAAAAGCAACCCCUAAGGAUAUUAGGGAAGUGAUGGCACAAAAAUUAAAAGACAUGCAAAGAAGAACAGCUUUAAGUUUGAUGAUAAAACGUGAACAGAUUGAAAAAUGAUUGACAUGAACAUUUUCAUAGUUUCAUAUAUAUUGUAUUUGAAUAUAAGAUGUUAAGUAAUGUUAUUUUGUAACUACUUUAUUAACUUGUAUGGAAACAUUGAUAAUAUAUUUUGUAAUAUUUUUUGUAUAAAAUGGGUCGUUCCAGAAAAGAUCCACACUCCCCCCACGGAGGAAAUUUCUGCCGUCUGGAGGGGGAGGGGAGAAAAAAUUGUUUCUGAUAAUUUUAAAAUAUUUUUUGCAGAUAAUGUUCAAAGAAGAUUUCCGGAUGUUACACCCAAGGCAAUUAAAGCGACGAUGGCACAAAAAUGUAAAUAUUUACGACUGCCAAAAAAGAAGAGUGUUGGCAAAAAUGCAGAUGAUGAAGCAAAUGAACUUACGGUUACCACAGAGUAAAUUUUAAAAAAUAAUGGACACUCCAAAAACAGUUAACAUUGAAACAUUUUCAAUGUUACCUGUUUUCCUCUUGUCCAUUGUUUUGUACUUUUGAAGCAAAUGAGGACCGAGACUUUUAUCAGUAAUAGAUUGCUAAUCGUUCAUGUUCCUUAUUAAUGCACCAGACUGCAGAGUUUUUGACAAGAUCUCGGAGGUGCAAAAGCUACAAAUUUGUGGGCAGGGGCACAAAACAGUUCCCAAGGGCACAUCAAGAGACAAUCAAAGGCACAAACAUGACCAACCAGGUUAUAAAAACAAUGAAAUUUAAAGGGUUUGGGGGACAGGUAAGGGUAUAAAAGUUGUGACGAAUUACUCCCAAGGGUGCUAAAGUUUUCCCCUGAAUAAAUCUUGGGGCUUAAUGCAUUAUAAUAUAAACUAUAGACUUUUAGUUAUUUUACCAUUUAUUUUUGUAAAUAUUCAUUAUAAAUGUUGUAUGGAAAUGAAAGAUAGAUUUUAGUAAUUCAAAUAAAUAAUUUGUACUAUAAUCUUGGGCACUUAUCCAGGCACAAAAUGAAGGUUUUGGAAUUGUAUGAACAGCCACCUUGUGGCAAUGACAAUGCAUUUUAAGUGGAAUACGCCGAAAGAUCUUCG